AUGAACCAACCAGAUCUGAGCCAACAAGGUAUGAGGCCUCCAGACCUAAGACAACUGGAUAUGCAACAACCAGGCACAAGUCAAGCAGGUAUGAAUCGAGCAAUCAUGAGCCAAACAGGCACAUGGCAGCCAGUCCAACCUUCUCCCAAUGUGAAACAAAUGAACUCGUGGCAAUCGGGCCCAGGGUAUCCAUGCAGGGGAUCACAAGACAUAUGGCAAAUGAACGAAAGUAAUCAGGGAAUGAGGCAAUCAGAUAUAGUGCAACGAGACCCAAGAUAUGCAGGACAAAGACAACCAGAUUCAUGGAAACAGGACCCAAGUUGUCCAGGAAUGAAACAAAGAGAAUCAUGGCAUUGGGAGCCAAGCCACUUAAGCAAAAAAGAUUCAGAUUUAUGGCAAUCACACCGAAGUCAACCAGCCAUCAGACAUGUAGACUUCAGACAAGAAGAUCUCAUAGAACCAGUUAUGAAUCAAUCUAACACAGGUCAAGCAGGUAUGGGACAACCCAGCACAUGGCAACCAGGCCACGACCAGUCAGGCAUGAAGGAGUUGGACAUAUGGCAAUCAGGCACUAGCCAACUGGGCUCAAACUACUCGGGUACAACACAUUCAUAUUUAUGGCAACCAAGCCCCAGCCAGUCAGGCACAGGACAAUUGGAUACGUGGCAGCAAAGUCACAGCCUCCCUGGUGUAAGACAAUUAUACACAUGGCAGCCAACCCCCAGUUGCUCAGACACAAGACAAUCAGAAAAAUGGCAACCCAGUCCUAGCAACCCAGACAUGAAACAAUCAGAUACUUGGGAACCACUGUCAAGGCAAUCCAGUGCCAUUCAAUCAGGCAUAAACCAAUUAGAUACAAACCAACCAGAUGCCACCGGAUCAAGCCAAAGAAGAAUGACACAGUCAGAUAUAUCGGAAGAAAGUCCAAGCCAACCAGGGAAGAAAGCCAAUCCAUCAGGCACUAGCCAAUCAGACUCAAGUCAAGUAGGCAUAGGACAACCAGGUGCAAGUCAAUUAGACCCAACUGAAUCAGGCAUGAGUGAUUUAGCUACAAGUCAACAUGGAAUAAUGAGAAAAAAAAGGACUGUUCCUUUUCACAUAAGACCUGCUGAGGCUCAAGAUUGUCCAGCUAUCCUGCAACUGAUUAAAGAAUUGGCUUCCUAUGAAGGCACACAAGAAAGAGUGGCAUUAACAGAACAGGAUUUACUCAGGGAUGGUUUUGGGGACAGACCACUUUUCUACUGCUUGAUUGCUGAAGUGCCCAGUCAACAAACAGAGUCAGGAGUAAAAAGUGUUGGAUUUGCCAUGUACUACUUCACAUAUGAUCCAUGGGUUGGCAAACUGCUUCACCUAGAGGAUUUUUAUGUCACUGAAGAUUACCAAGGUAUAGGUAUUGGGGCUGAAAUGCUGAAGAAGCUAAGUCAGAUAGCCAUCAAUACCCAAUGUAUUGCCAUGCAGUUUCUUGUCAUCAUUUGGAAUCAGGAGUCCGUUGAGUACUACACUCGUCUAGGAGCUUUAGACCUCUCCUGUGAGGAUGGCUGGCAUUUGUUCAGAUUUAACAUGGAAGAUCUCCAGGAGCUUGCAGAGGAAGAAUGA